CAGUAUUGGUAGGGAGUACUUUGUCCUUAGCAUAACACCACAACUGGAAUUAAGAAGCUUCAAAGUUGCUCAUAUCUUUGUAUUUCUAUAUAUAAAUUUAUCCAAGUAAAGCAUUCUUUUGUCUUUUUAGAAAAAUUUCCAUCUGGAGCUUUUUUACAAAGUAGAAGAAGAAUGUCAGGAAAUUCAGAGUUUGAAGGGAUUUUAGAAUCCCUAGAACACUCUAAAACAGGCAUAUCUGGUUCGAAAAUUUUAAAAUUAACGAAUUUGGCAAUGGAAAAUGUUGGAGAAAAUGCUCAGUUCAUUACUAGUGUGUAUAAGUAUGCGAAACGCGCUCCCAGUACCCAUAAGUUAGGCGCCUUGUAUAUCCUAGAUUCCAUCGUACGUAGCUUUCAGGAUGGCGCUAAAAAGAAUAAUGAAUCAUUUGAAUCUCCAGUGGAUGCUUCUUUUAGUGGUGGUUGGUGCAAAGCUGCUGAAGUCACUGAAAGCUUAGUUGCUGAUGCAAUGCAUCAUGCCCCUUCUGCUCAUUUGCCUAAAAUUUUAAAACUUUGUGACAUAUGGGAAAAAGCUUCCACUUUCCAUCAAGACAAAUUAGAAUCUCUUCGGUCUAAAAUCAGGCAGGCUAUUGGCUCUUCUGACCAGGCUAAUACUUCAACACCUGAUACUACAGCUUCAUCUGCGCAAGCGAACGUAGAAAAUCCUGCAGCUGCAACCACCUCCACUACAGAACCUUCUGCUCCUUCGCAACCCGCAGGUGCUUCAACAAAUGACCCAGCUUCUAUUCUAGAAGCACUUGCUGCUUUUGCCCAGAAGGCCCCUGCACCUUCAUCAACCUCUACUGCUUCAGGCACGCCAACUGCCCAAGACUCCGCAUCCCAUCCUGCCCCAGCAGCAGCAGCGAGCAUUAGCCCUGUUCCGUCCGCUACGACUUCCCCUUUAAACCCACUACCUCCUCAGCCGGUUCCAUCAAUGCCUACCCCUAUGUACCAGCCUAUGGCUGGUAUUCCUCCCUCAAUGUUAGGCGGGCCUACGGUACCAAACCCAGCAGCUCCUGCCUCUGAUACGGAAUCUCAAAAAAUAAAUCUUAUUAAUGUUUUGGCUUCUCAAAACGUCCCAGCUCCUCAAAUUGAGACUAUUAUUAAAGCUGCUUUUCCUUCUUAUAACGCUCCUUUUCAAGGAGGCCCUCCGGCUGCAUUGUCUGCUACUGCCCCUUCAGCAGGAAUUAUGGAACCUCUACAUAGGUCUCGUAGUCCCAGUCCUCGCAGUAAACGAGCUGGUCGUACGCCUAGUCCUUCACAAAUGUCUAUUCCUUCUGCUAUGCCUGCUAAUGGUAUGCCAAAGCCAACCCCUGAUGGCAUGCCCCGUAAGUUAGAGCGUGAUAUUACCAUUCCUCCUGAUUCCAUAAAAGUUUUUAGUCGUACUCUUUUCCUUGGAGGCAUUACUCGAGCAGUUCGUGAGCCAGUGUUGCGGUCUAUGUUUGAACGUUUCGGUGCAGUUCAAAGUCUAAUUUUGAAUCACAAUUAUAGACAUGGUUUCCUUAAAAUGUUCCGUCGUGAAGCUGCCGAAAAAGCACAAGUUGCUAUGGAGAAUGUGCCUUUUGCUGAUACUACAAUUCGCACAAAAUGGGGUGUUGGUUUUGGUCCCAGAGAAUGUUCUGAUUUUAGCUCUGGAGUGAGUAUAAUUCCUAUACGCUUAUUGACUGAUGCCGAUCGUACGUGGCUUGUAUCAGCUGAAUACGGUGGUACUGGGGGUCUUCCUAUCACUCCUGGUGUUGCUGUUGACGAACCAGACAUUGAAAUCGGGUUAGGUAUUAGUUCCAAAGCUAUAAGUAAACGUGGUAAAGACCUUUCUGUACGACGUGAUGACAGAUUACGGGGACGUAAGCCUUUCCGUGGAGGUUUACCUCAUCAAGGAGAAAGACAUUUUGAUCCUUCUGCUGGUUGGAACAAUGGCGGUGCUAUGCCUAGUAAUGUAUAUAACCCGGGUUAUUCUUCUUACUAUGAUCCUAAUUAUUCUUCUGCAUCAGGUUAUGCAACACAGCCUCCCUGGCAACCACAAUAAUGUAAAGGUUCGCGGUUAAUUAAUUAAUGGAAAAAUAAAUGGGUUAAUAAUCGGUUUUACGGUUCAAUUGUUCAAGCGUUGUUAAUAAGAAAUAAGUACUUAUUGUCUUGUAUUACAACCUUAGAGCUUAAUAAUUACGUUCAAUUUAGUAGCAGAUACCAGAGUAAUUAUAUAUUUAACCGAAUUAAUAUUAUAUAUACAAUAUUGAAAAAAAUAACUUGGGU